AUGUUUUUCUUCGUUUCUCUUGGUCUGAUAGCUGCUUAUCUCACAUGGGUGGCAAUAACGUCCAACUUCGACUUCAGCUUCUUUGACGCCGUUGUCUUGACAGUUGUAAGUCUGAUUGGUUUGAUUGUGUUAUUUGAAGCCCUUUCGAUUUGUUGGCAAAUCAUCGUAUCCAGAGCAGAUCAGUAUGCCAGUAACCCACCAGCUAUUGAGUUCAUUGGGUUCGAAGCAACGAACUCAAUAGUAUCAGAACUCAGCUCCUUUACGCAUCCAAAGAACGGACAUCACGUUACCACAUUCUAUUAG